AUGUGCAAACACAAUCCAUACUUCUUUUUUUCUGUUUUUGCAGAGACCCAUUCAGAAGGGCAGAGAAGUUUAGAUGGACAUCACUCAGCUCUGGACAAGGGUUCUUGUUCCACCUGGAGCACUGGCCACUUUUCAACCUUUGACAAUUACCUGUACGAUUUCUCGGGGACUUGUAAUUAUGUCUUUGCUACCGUCUGUGAUGAAACCGCUCCGGACUUCAACAUACAGUUCCGUCGUGGUCUGAACAAAACAAUUGAAAGAAUUAUCAUUCAAGCGGGACCGAAUACUAUUAUUGUUGACAAAAGUGGCAUAUCAGUCAAGGAUUAUGGUAAAAUCCAAUUGCCAUAUACUAGAAAUGGAAUUCAGAUUGCACCAUUUGGGCACAAUAUCCGUUUAAUAUCCAAGCGGAAGGAAAUGGAACUUGCUGUUUUCUGGAACAAUUAUGACUAUCUCAUGGUUUUAAUUGAACAGAAAUAUAUGGCAAAGACAUGUGGACUGUGUGGAAAUUUUGAUGGGCAAGAGUUGAAUGAGUUUCUGAGUGAAGGUAUUCUUCUGGACUCAUAUAAAUAUGCAAGUUUACAUAAAAUUGAUGAUCCUGCAGAGAUCUGUCCUUUUGAAGGGAUGAUGACUCCUACCAUUCCUCAAAAGAAAUACGCCCCACUUUGCUUCCAACUGUUACGCCUCGUGUCACCAUCUUGCAAUAUUUCCAAAAAAGAGUUUGUUAUCCGUUGCCAAUUGGAUAUGCAAGUCUGCAGCAAUCCAGGACACACCAAUUGUACCUGUGCUACUCUUUCAGAAUACUCACGGCAGUGUUCCAUGUCUCAUCAAGAGGUGACCAACUGGAGGACCAAAGAUUUCUGCUCUCUGGGAAAAUGUCCAGGUAAUCAACAAUAUAAAGAAUGUGGUUCUCCAUGUCUCAAGACUUGUUCCAAUCCUGAAUACAGUUGUUCCAGCUACUGUACAUAUGGCUGCUUCUGUCCAGAAGGCACUGUUUUGAAUGACAUUUCCCAAAACCAAACAUGUAUUCCUAUCGAAGAAUGUCCAUGCACAUGGAAGGGGAAGAUAUUUGCUCCUCAUGACAUCAUUAAAGCAACUUGCAGAAUCUGUAAAUGUACAAUGGGCCAAUGGACCUGUACAGAACAACCAUGCCCCAGCACGUGUUCUUUGGAAGGAGGCUCUUUUGUCACCACUUUCGACUCUAAACCAUACAGGUUUCAUGGUGUCUGCACCUAUAUCCUUUUGAAGAGCUCCAUGUUACCACACAAUGGAACUUUAAUGGCUGUAUAUGAAAAGUCUGGCUUUUCCCAUUCAGAGACAUCCUUGGCAGCUUUCAUUUAUAUCUCAGAAAAAGAGAAAAUUGUGAUUUCCAAGAAUGAAGUGUUCAAUGAUGAGAAUGAACUUAAAUGGUUACCUUACACAUCAGGGGACAUCACCAUCUUCAGACAAUCAUCAACUCAUAUCCAGAUGCACACUCCUUAUGGGCUGGAAAUAUUAAUUCAAACUGAUCCAGUAUUUCAAAUUUACAUUAAAGUUGGACGCCAUUUCAGAGGCACAACCCGAGGGUUAUGUGGUAACUACAAUGGAGAAACCACAGAUGAUUUCAUGACCAGCAUGGAUAUUACUGAAGGAACAGCUCCUCUUUUUGUGGAUUCUUGGAGAUCUGGGAACUGUCCACCUGCUAUUGAGCGAGAUACAGAUCCUUGUUCUAUGAGUCAGCUGAAUAAGAUAUGUGCAGAGACCUACUGUUCUGUUUUAAAAAUGAAUACACUAUUUCAGAAAUGUCAUUCUGUGGUGAAUCCUGAUCCAUUUGUCAAGAGAUGUCAAUAUCAAGCUUGUAACUAUGAGGAGACAUUUCCAUAUAUUUGUUCUGUUCUGGGUUCCUAUGCCCGUGAAUGUGCAUUAAAGGGAAUAUUUCUUUGGAACUGGCGCAAUACAGUCAACAACUGCACUGUGUCUUGUACUGGAAAUCAGACAUUCAGCUACAAUGCAGAAGCUUGCGACCGGACAUGCCUGUCCCUCUCCAGCAGAGAAAUUGAAUGUCAUCCCACUGAUGUGCCUAUUGAUGGCUGCAAUUGCCCAAAAGGAACCUACCUGAACCACAAAAAUGAGUGUGUCCAGAAAUCUCAGUGUCCCUGCUAUCUGAAAGGCAGAAAGAUCAUUCUGGCAGAUCAAUACACCAUAAUCGAUGGAGCUACGUGCUACUGCAUUAAUGGAAAUCUGACUUGUAUUGGCAAACCAAUGAACCUCUUAGAAAUCUGCAACCCCCCAAAAAAUUACAUUUCGUGUUCAGCCUCCUCAGGAAGCAAAUAUGGGGCUGCUUGUGCACCAACAUGUCAAAUGCUGGCCACUGGAACCAGCUGUAUUCCUACCAAAUGUGAAUCCGGAUGUGUUUGUGCACCUGGACUGUAUGAAAAGCUAGAUGGCACAUGUGUGUCACCUGAGGAGUGUCCUUGUGAAUAUGGUGGCAUUUCAUAUGAAAAAGGAGAAGAAAUUAACACAGGGUGCCAUACAUGUACCUGCACAAGAGGAAAAUGGAAGUGCGUUCAGAAUUCCAUGUGCUCUUCAACGUGUAAUCUCUACGGGGAAGGUCAUAUCACCUCCUUUGAUGGACAGCACUUUGCAUUUGAUGGCAACUGCGAAUACAUAUUAGCUAUGGAUGGCUGUGACAUGGCUAAAUCCUCACAUACUUUUAAAAUAGUGACUGAAAAUGUUGUCUGUGGAAAUACUGGGGUCACGUGUUCCAGAGCAAUCAAAGUCUAUCUUGGGAAUCUGACGAUCGUCAUGGGAGAUAAAACAUUUAAUGUUUAUGGUAGCAAUCCUCUGAUACAUUUCUUCAUAGAAGAGAAUACACUCCACCUGAUUAUUCAGAUCACAAUCCCUGGCAAAUACAAUAUGACCUUGAUCUGGAACAGGCACAUGAAUCUAUUCAUCAAGCUUUUCAGAGAAACAAAGAAUCAUCUUUGUGGCUUAUGCGGUAAUUACAAUGGCAAUGUAAAAGAUGAUUUUGAAACACGGAGUAAAUACCUAGCUUCCAACGAAUUUGUGUUUGUGAAUUCCUGGAAAGAUAAUCCUCUCUGUGGAGAUGUGUCCUUCGCAGCUGAUCCCUGUACCAAGAACCCCUAUCGCAAAGCGUGGGCCGAGAAACAAUGCUCUAUUAUCAAUAGUCCAGUAUUUGCCGCCUGUCACAAUAAGGUGUACCGGAUGUCUUACUAUGAAUCUUGUGUCCGGGACUCAUGUGGAUGUGACAGUGGAGGAGAUUGUGAAUGCAUGUGCGAUACCAUUGCAGUCUAUGCAAAAGCUUGCUUAGACGCUGGUGUCUGCAUUGACUGGAGAACCCCUGACUUCUGCCCUGUAUACUGUGACUACUUGAACACCCAUAAGAGGAUUGGCAUGGGUUAUAGUUAUGUCAAUGAAGCAAACUGCACUUGGCAUUAUCGCCCCUGUAAAUGUCAAAAUAUGUUACCAGUAACAGAAGUCAAUGUGGAAGGCUGCUACAACUGUUCACAUGAAGAGUACUAUGAUUCAAAACAGAAAACCUGCGUACCCUGUGAACAGCCACCUACCACCACUCCAACAACUGUAACAGCCACCACGAUCCCACCACACACCAUCAGGACACUGGAAACUACAGUAACUUCAUCUCCUUCUACUGUAUCAAAAACCACUGGCAUCCCAGAAUCUUCAAUAUCAAGCACUUUGAAGAUCACUUCCACUACCAUGAUUCCUUACACCAGCACUAUAGUGUCUACGCAUUUCACUGGUAUGUCAUUCCCCAAAGCCAUACAACAGUGGUCUCAACUGCACCUUUAA